GGUUUGGGCUUAGUGGGACUAUCAUUUGUUUUUCAACAGGACAAUGACCCAACACACCUCCAGGCUGUGUAAGGGCUAUUUUACCAAGAAGGAGAGUGAUGGAGUACUGCAUCAGAUGACCUGGCCUCCACAAUCCCCCGACCUCAACCCAUUUGAGAUGGUUUUUGAUGAGUCGGACAGCAGAGUGAAGGAAAAGCAGCCAACAAGUGCUCAGCAUAUGUGGGAACUCCUUCAAGACUGUUGGAAAAGCAUUCCAGGUGAAGCUGGUUGAGAGAAUGCCAAGAGUGCGCAAAGCUGUCAUCAAGGCAAAGGGUGGCUAUUUGAAGUAUCUCAAAUAUAAAAUAUAUUCAUUUGUUUAACACUUUUUUGGUUACUACAUGAUUCCAUAUGUGUUAUUUCAGUGUUGAUGUCUUCACUAUUAUUCUACAAUGUAGGAAAUAGUAAAAAAUAAAUAAAAACCCUUGAAUGAGUAGGUGUGUCCAAACUUUUGACUGGUACCGUAAAUAUAGGCUACAUACAGUGUCCAUAUCUGUUGUCCAAGAAUACCCAUAAUAACGUAUUCUCCAUACUGUAUACAAAUUCAGUACAUAUACAUUUGCACGUACAGUACACCAUAAAUAAUGAAUAUGAAAUGACCAUAUGUGCGUUUACAGUAUCACAUCUGUACAGCCAUAGCCUGCCUUACUGGCCUACUGUAACAUGUAUUCUCCCUGUCCAUAUCCCUGCACCAUGCUGUGGUAAGCCUGAGUCAAACAGGAUAUAUUCACUGAUGGAAUCAUUUGACAUAACAUUACAUGACAGGGCUCACAUGGAACGAAGGAUAAGCUCACUGUAAAAAAAUAAAAUAAGGACUUGAAUAAAUACAUAGGAUGAGUCCCAAAUGGCACCCUAUUCCCUACAUAGUGCACUAGUCUUGACCAUGGGCCCUGGUCAAAAGUAGUUCACUAUAUAGGGAAUAGGGUGCAGGCCUUUACUUCAUUAUGUAAUGAAGUAAAGGCCUACUGCCAGGAAACAGUGUAUUAAUGUAAAGUCAUCUUAAAACUGCCAGGAAACAGUGUAUUACUAUUGUUGAUCUAGUAGAGUUUGGCCUGGUCCCAGAUCAGUUUGUACCAUCUUGCUAACUCCUAUGGUCUAUUGUGGCUCUAAAGCACAAACAGAUCUGGGACCAGGCUUUGGCUAUGUGUUUCUCAUUUUGGAUAGCCUGAUCCCAGAUCUGUUGGUGCUGUCUAGCAUGACAUGACUAUAGGAGUUUGCUCUACAGCACAAACAGAUCUGGGACUAGGCUUGACUGUGUUUCUCUAAGGAAGAUAUGUGUUUCACUGUAGUAGUGUGUGUGGGUUGAUUUGCAUGCUAAAUAAAUGCAGGUUCUAUAAUGCAUUAGUCACUGUGUGGUAGGCUGCCUGUGCUGCAUAUCAUUAUGUAAAAUCAAUGGAUACACCAACACCUUUUUGGAGUAGGUGAGUGCUGCCUACUUGUCUUUUGUACGUAGUGUGAUCUAUUCAGGUCAACUCGAGCUCUUCGUGUAUCUCGGUAUGCUUAUGAGGGAGCUGGAGCUAUAAUUGCUAUUGUUGUGCCGAACCGCAAGCAAUAUAAAGUGCUAUCAUGAGGGUAUACUUGACUGCAGAUUAUCAAUGUAAUAAUGCUGUGUCUUUUUGUGUCUCCUGUCUGUCUGUCUGUCUGUCUGUCUGUUUGUCUUCUCUCCAUCUGUCAGGCUGUGAAGCUCUCCCAUUGGACACUACUCAGAGACUCCGCCUACUACACGCUCUCUAUCGCUGCCCUCAUUGCAGUAAGUGGCCAACUACAUACACACACACACGCACAGAUACACACACACACACAGAUACACGCACGGAUACACACACACACACACGCACGGAUACACACACAAGCAGUGUGCCAACACCUGAGUUCUCCCUGCCUUACAGAGAGAGAGAGAGAGAGAGAGAGAGAGAGAGAGAACGAACAUCAGCUGGACCAGUCUGUCUGGUAGAGAGAGUUUAGCUCGAGACAGAACAUCAGCUGGACCAGUCUGUCUGAUAACCCUGCUCUGAUGUGCAGACAGACUCAUCACACAUCACUCCUCCCAAUUAACACAACACUGGGUCUGACUGACAUAGAUAAAGGACAUCCACAUUACACUGAACCAUACACGGUGUUAUUAUAAUGCAGGUUUACAUUUAUUGUCAUGAAUUUUGCCCCGGAGGCAGAACUGAGCGAUUUCCGCUAGGGACAGAUUGAAAUUGACUGGGGGGAUGGGUGGUUCAAAAUAGGGGAGGGUUGUCAAACGUAUUUAUUUUGCUUUGGGGAGGGUUGUGUGUUUUUUGGGGGGGGCAGAGGGGAGGGUAGUGCGUUUUGGGGGGGGGCAGAGGGGAGGGUAGUGCGUUUUUUCCCCCCUGGUUUACAUUCCUUCUUCUGCUCGUAUUUUCCCUAUAAACAAUGGCUUAACUUACUUUUGAUAUUACCCUAAUAAAGUUUAGAAACAUUUGUGAAGGUUUGGUGUGGUGUGGCUAUUAUUAACCUUUAGCUACUGCAGGCCUAUGAUAUGAAGGCAGUGUGCCCCGGCUCUCCAACUGACUCUGACAGUUGAACUUGCGGUGAGGAAGAAUGUUUUAGGCCUACCAGAGUUACUCCUAUAAUCUAACGGUAUAAUGCUUAUCUUUAUACAAAAUAGUCUGAUCGAAAAUUCCCGAAUUAGCCUCCUUCUGUACGCCUAUAUCUGUAUAGAAGACGCAGUAGCCAUCUGACAUAAAUAAAUGCAUCUCUAUCUCUCUGGGGUUAGGCCUAAGCUUCUCUUCCUUUAUAUAGGCUAUAUAUAUAUAUACAGUGGGGAGAACAAGUAUUUGAUACACUGCCGAUUUUGCAGGUUUUCCUACUUACAAAGCAUGUAGAGGUCUGUAAUUUUUAUCAUAGGUACACUUAAACUGUGAGAGACGGAAUCUAAAACAAAAAAUCCAGAAAAUCACAUUGUAUGAUUUUUAAGUAAUUAAUUUGCAUUUUAUUGCCUGACAUAAGUAUUUGAUCACCUACCAACCAGUAAGAAUUCCGUCUCUCACAGACCUGUUAGUUUUUCUUUAAGAAGCCCUCCUGUUCUCCACUCAUUACCUGUAUUAACUGCAUCAAUGAUCACGAGGAAGGUGAGGGAUCAGCCCAGAACUACACGGCAGGAACUGGUCAAUGACCUGAAGAGAGCUGGGACCACAGUCUCAAAGAAAACCAUUAGUAACACACUACGCGAUCAUGGAUUAAAAUCCUGUAGCGCACGCAAGGUCCCCCUGCUCAAGCCAGCGCAUGUCCAGGCCCGUCUGAAGUUUGCCAAUGACCAUCUGGAUGAUCCAGAGGAGGAAUGGGAGAAGGUCAUGUGGUCUGAUGAGACAAAAAUAGAGCUUUUUGGUCUAAACUCCACUCGCCGUGUUUGGAGGAAGAAGAAGGAUGAGUACAACCCCAAGAACACCAUCCCAACUGUGAAGCAUGGAGGUGGAAACAUCAUUCUUUGGGGAUGCUUUUCUGCAAAGGGGACAGGAUGACUGCACCGUAUUGACGGGAGGAUGGAUGGGGCCAUGUAUCGCGAGAUCUUGGCCAUCAACCUCCUUCCCUCAGUAAGAGCAUUGAAGAUGGGUUGUGGCUGGGUCUUCCAGCAUGACAAUGACCCAAAACACACAGCCAGGGCAACUAAGGAGUGGCUCCGUAAGAAGCAUCUCAAGGUCCUGGAGUGGCCUAGCCAGUCUCCAGACCUGAAACCAAUAGAAAAUCUUUGGAGGGAGCUGAAAGUCCGUAUUGCCCAGCAACAGCCCCGAAACCUGAAGGAUCUGGAGAAGGUCUGUAUGGAGGAGUGGGCCAAAAACCCCGCUGCAGUGUGUGCAAACCUGAUCAAGACCUACAGGAAACGUAUGAUCUCUGUAAUUGCAAACAAAGGUUUCUGUACCAAAUAUUAAGUUCUGCUUUUCUGAUGUAUCAAAUACUUAUGACAUGCAAUAAAAUGCAAAUUAUUUACUUAAAAAUCAUACAAUGUGAUUUUCUGGAUUUUUGUUUUAGAUUCCGUCUCUCACAGUUGAAGUGUAACUAUGAUAAAAAUUACAGACCUCUACAUGCUUUGUAAGUAGGAAAACCUGCAAAAUUGGCAGUGUAUCAAAUACUUGUUCUCCCCACUGUGUGUGUAUAUAUAUAUAUAUAUAUAUAUAUAUAUAUAUAUAUAUAUAUAUAUAUAUAUUUAUUUAUUUAUUUAUUUAUUUAUUUAUUAAAAUAUUAAUAUUAUACAGUGGACACCUAAGUCUAUAGGCCUAUGCAUGCAAUGCCCUGAUACAUUUUGUGUUAAAAUCUCUGACAGCUGAACCAUGAGGUGGACAAUUAUUAUUUUAGGAAUUAGCCUAAAAACCAAUAAAAAAAUAAGGUUUUGCAUAUGCUACACAUCGAAACACAAGAAAUAGUGUUUUUGUAAUUUGUUAUAGCUGUUUUUAAGGACACGUAAAUGUGGCUCAUUUGGCCAACAUUCCUUGUUUAUUGAUGGCGCCAGGUUGGAUCUGAAUGCAUAUGGAUGUCCGUUAAAAUUCGCAAAUGUCCAGUAAAUUAAAAUCUUCCCUGUCAUGUUGUCUGCUGCCAAAUUUUCCUAAAGGAAACUCUGAAAUGGCACAUUGUUUUUAUGAAGAUUUUAGAAUAUUUGCAUGAAAAUCUGUCACCAAUUGGAUUGAAACCUAGCUAUAGACACCCUAAAGACUCUGGCAAAUGCGCUAGUCCAGUGUCACUUUGAUUAUUCCUGCACAUCAUGGUUCACCAGCAGCCCCAAACAUCUAAAGAAUAAACUAGCAGCCAAACAAACUUGUAAGAAUUGUACUUAAACUCCACCAUCAUACUCAUCUGGAGGUUGAACAUUUUUUUGUCUCUAUCAAUGUAAUUGUACAUGUAUUUAUGUUUUAAAAAAUAGGGACCAUAAUGGAAAUAAGUCCCCGACUUUAUUGUGCAAUCCUGGUCACUUAAAAAAAAUAUUUGUGUAUAUAUGUAUAUAUUUUUUUGACAAAUUAAAUCAAUCAAUCCAAACUGUGCAGCGGCCAAUUGAUGAAUGGAAAUAGACAUCUGUUACAAAGCACCAAAAAGUUUAAUGACAUUCGGAGAUUGUCAAGCCAAGCCUUCGAUACUGGGAAUGCCUACAAGCUAGGGAGGGAUGUAUUUUCUGUUUGUCGAGAUUGACAUAGUCUAUUUAUUGUGGUGUUGAAAACACAAACCAUGAUUUUGAAGUGCCCGAAGUCGGUAUGCUUUGUUUAUUAGUUGUGUGGUGCAUUGGCACAGAAUCCUGUUGGUGGAAAAUGCAUUGCAUUAAUAUAAAUAUGGCAUCAAAAUGUUGAAAAUCUGAUUUCCCUUUAGCUGAUCAUUGUCUGCAGCCGGCUCUGAUCGUAGUGUAAUGAAACAGGCAGGGAGAGUGAGCUCGUCUGUGGUGGUCGGCGAACCCUCAACCUUCUGGCCCGUAGCCCUGUGUGGCAUCGACUGUGCCACAAAAGCAUGCUGAAGUGGCAAAGUCCAUAUCCACAUUUAAAAGCACACAGUGGCUACAGGUAUUUUUAUCUUAGGUCGUAAACAUUAUUUGGAGUUAAUUCUAUGAGGGGGGAGGGUGUUAGAUUUAUUUUACAGUACAAGGGGAGGGUCAUGUAAAAAUAUGUUUUUUAUGUUGGGGGGGGCAUUUUUUUGGGGGGGACCAGCCCCUUCCCCCAGUACAUUUCGAUCUGUCCCCUAGAUAGGACAGCUGCAAAGUCAAUGUGGUCUAUAUCGUAAAAAUUAAUGAAAAGACAAAUUAUCUAUUUGGUGUUAAUUUAAGGUUAGCAGUGUGGUUAAGGUUAGGUUUAAAAUCAGAUUUGAUGACUUUGUGGCUGUGCCAGCUAGUGACCACUCUGCAGAGCUGCCUCCAGGGCAACAAUCAUGACAACAAAUACCAAACUGCUAUUAUAUGUAUGUUAGGCUUUUAGAAUGAAGCAUAAUCACACAGCACAUACAUCCACAUGCGUCAUUGCAAAAAGAAAAGUACUGUAUUUUUCCACUUGACAUUGGCUGAGUUAGACUGUAAUGAAUCAGAUGUUGAGUAACAUGUAUUUUUGUCCUGGUUCUGUCAUGGAGAAAGGCUCUGGAGUGGGCAUGCCCUCUGGUGGUGAACAUAGAUAUAGCAUUGCUUUAAUAAUCAGUACUGGAAAUGCAGGGAGAUUGUGUUGUCACAUCUCUCCCUUUUCCUAAAUAUUAUCAAUCCCUCUCUUUCUCCUCACAGUUUAUCUACGACGGGGAGGUUACAUGGUAUGUCAAAAUGUAUUUCUCUUGAUAUUCAGCUGCUUGAUAAUCAGUUGAUAAGUCUCUCCGGUGGUGUAUUUUGAAUAGAUUAUCCUGUGCUCGUCUCAACUGUACGUGUAAUGUGUGCCGUCUAGGGGUGAGGGCUUGAGAACAGAGCAGAAGACACAUUUCCAUUGUUCGCUGUAACACAUGGACAAUAAAGUUGGAUUCAUUCUAUUCUAUAUUGUAUUGAAGGUGGGAGUCUCUAGUCCUGAACGUGAUGUACCUCUUCUACAUUCUAAUCAUGAAGUGAGUAUGAUCAUCAUCUGGUGGUCACAUUAUCACACACCCACUUCCCAUCUGGACCAAGAACUAUUCAUCUAUCCUAAGUCAUUUAGAUACUGUACAAUCAGAGGCAAAUGUAUUACACUGUUACUCACAGGACAGUCUGCAUACUUUUGUAAACUCUUGUAUACUUUCAACUCAAUUAUCAUUAUCUCUGAACUGAAUUUUCAUCACUUGUGUAUGUAGGUUUAACGGCCGAGCGAGGCGCUACUUUGACCGGCGGAAGAAGAGUUCCGUGAGUCUGGCCAACGGUCUGACGGGCAGCACUGACCUGGAGGACAACGUCACCUGUGAUGCCACCGCUGUCCUGCUCAAGAAAGGUACCUAAGCUGGUGGCACACAGAUAUGACAUCACAUUAUCAGGCUUCUGUGGGGCAACACUUUAUUUAGAUAGUCUUUAGAGCAUCUACAGAUGGACUAUCUACAGACUAUCAGUAACAGCUCAACUAACUAUCUACUAACCUUAACCUUAACCCUUUACCUUAACCCUUACCCUAACCCUUAUUCUAAACCUAACCUAACCGUAACCUUUAGCAAGCAGUUGCUUAUCAACAGAUAGUCAUACUAUCAACAAACUAUCUGAACUAUCCAAAUAAAGUGUGACCUUCUGUGGUAUAAUACAGAGAAAUACAGUUUACAGUGAAAUGAUUUUGAUAGUUGUGGUGGUUCCACUGAAAAAUGAACUAUUGUAGUAUCUCAGUUUCAUGGGUCAUCAAUCUUCAGAUAUGGAGAGUUAAAGGGAUACUUCGGGAUUUUGGCGAGGCCCUUUAUCUACUUCCCAAGAGUCAGAUGAACUUAUGGGUACCAUUUUUAUGUCUCUGCGUGCAGUUUGAUGGAAGUUGCUAACGAGCGCUAGCGCAAUUGCUAACUAGUGUUAGCUCAUUGCGCUAAUGCUAGUUAGCAAUGGCUCGUGAAACUACCUCCAACUUCCUUCAUACUGGACACAGAGACAUUUUUACAUUACAUUUACAUUUGAGUCAUUUAGCAGACGCUCUUAUCCAGAGCGAUUUACAGUUAGUGAAUACAUGUUUUUUUAUACUGGCCCCCCGUGGGAAUCGAACCCACAACCCUGGCAUUGCAAACGCCAUGCUCUAUCAACUGAGCUACAUCCCUGCCAGCCAUUCCCUCCCCUACCCUGGACGACGCUGGGCCAAUUGUGCGCCGCCCAUGAGUCUCCCGGUCGCGGCCGGCUGCGACAGAGCCUGGAUUCGAACCAGGAUCUAGUGUCACAGUUAGCACUGCGAUGCAGUGCCUUAGACCACUGCGCCACUCAGGAGUACAUCAUGAUCCUGAGAGACAACAGUUAAUCUGACUCUGGGGAAGUAGAUAAAGGGCUUCAUUGCCAAAAUCCUGAAGUAUCCCUUUAAGGCACUCAGUGGACGGUACACACAUUUGUAUGUAUUAGUUUAAUGUGUCACCAGUCUGUUAGUGAUAACAGUAGCCAUUUUGUGACUGUCCUCAUAGCUAACUUCCAGUGUAAGCCCAGUGUGCUGAUGGUGGAUGUGCUACUGUCAGCCUACCCCCACCAGCUCUCCUUCUCUCAUUGAUAAACUAUUAGAGAAGAAAUAACCAGGCGGCCAUUUUGUGUCUGUCCCCAUAGCUAACUUCCAGUGUAAGCCCAGUGUGCUGAUGGUGGAUGAGCUACUGUCAGCCUACCCCCACCAGCUGUCCUUCUCUGAGGCUGGCAUGAGGAUCAUGAUCACCAGUCACUUCUCUCCCAGGACACGACUCACCAUGGCUUCACGCAUGCUAAUCAAUGAGGUAAGAUUAGGGUAACACAGACACUCACACACACGUAUGAAUUGGACACUUACACCCCCCCACCUCCUCACACACACACACACACACACACACACACACACACACACACACACACACACACACACACACACACACACACACACACUCUCUCAUUGACACUGUAUUGUGUGUGUGUGCAGAGACAGAGGGUGAUCAACACCAGUGAGACCAGGGUCAACCAACACAUCACCAACGGAGACUCAGACUCUGCAGCCGCCAGGGCUCCGGAGAGGCGGGGUCUGGAGAACGGCAGGACGGGCGGGGCCGAGAGAGGGCUGAACGGGAGAUGCGGAGGUCAGGAGGUCCUGGAGACGGAGAAUGAGACGGAGAACGAGGAUAAUGACAAUAAUGAGAACGAUGGAGGAGAGGAGGAAGAGGAGGAGGAGGACGAAGGACCUCUGGUCCCUCACAGACCACCAGGUGUGUGAUCAUGUUAUCUGCCUAUUUUCUUUAUUCUAUGUUUUACACAUUUAAAUUCACUGACACUCAUUUUCUCUCUCUCUCGCUCUCUCUGUCUCUCUCUCUCUCUCCGUCUCUCUCUCACUGUCUCUCUCCCUUUCCCUCUCCCUCUCCUCCAGCGGGUGUGUGUAACAAGAUGAAGUGGUUGCUGUGCUGGCCUCUGUGCCUGCUCCUCUUCUUAACCAUCCCUAACUGUGCCAAGCCACGCUGGGAGAGAUGGUUCAUGGUGUCCUUCGUCACCUCCACCAUGUGGAUAGCUGGCUUCUCCUACAUCAUGGUCUGGAUGGUGAGUUCUUAUUCAACCUUUAUUUACUAAAUGUCAUAUUAGCCUUGACUCCAGCUGUCAUCUCAAACGGGAAUACAGGGUUGAGGUCUGGUAUUUGUCUUGCAAAAAAAUGCUAUGUGUGACGGUUCCAUUCUAGCCUUGGUUACAAUUCUAAUGAUACGACUGCCAUGUUGUCAUUGACUAUAGGUGACUGUGAUUGGGUACACGCUUGGCAUCCCUGAUGUCAUCAUGGGCAUCACGUUCCUGGCGGCGGGGACUAGUGUUCCAGACUGCAUGGCCAGCCUCAUCGUGGCACGCCAAGGUACAGUAGGGAGAGACACACACGGAGACCACUCCAUCAAAACCAACCCCACAACUCUCGUCUUUUUAUAAGGUUACACAGAGAUAUUGAACUACAAUACUGCACACACAAAGUACGGUGUUAUAAUACAAUAUAUUACGAUAGAUUUUUCUUUUCUGUCUAGGUCUGGGAGACAUGGCCAUCUCUAACUCUAUAGGCAGUAAUGUGUUUGAUAUUCUGGUGGGCCUGGGUCUGCCCUGGCUUUUACAGACCCUCUGCAUUGACUAUGGAUCAACAGUGAGUAUUCCUGCUAUCACCCAUGUUUUUAUUUGACUAUUGCCCAACAUUGUAGACAGGCUUAGAGCAGAGUUGACUGAUAACUGGCUGAUAGCUGAUCACGUGGUUCUGUGUCCUCUUCAGAUCUCUCUGAACAGUAGAGGAUUGAUCUUCUCUGUUGCGCUGCUCCUGGCCUCAGUGUUCCUCACAGUGAGUACAGGCUGUACUCGGAUCAGCCUAACCCCAAUACUAGCUUCAACAUUAUUUUAAAACAACUGUCUAUAAACCAGUGUGUUGGGCUAAUAUUUUCACCUGUAACCUACGUAGAAUACCUCCUAUAACCUAUCCCUCUCUAUGGUCUAUCUAUGAAGCACACAGAAAUGUAGUGCACUAUGUUUACUCUCGCUCUCCUUUCCCUACUCCUCUCUUCCUCUGUCCUCAGGUGCUGGGCGUCCACUUAAACAAAUGGACUCUGGACCGUCGACUGGGUCUGACCUGUCUCCUCAUGUACGCCGUCUUCGUAUGUUUCUCCGUCCUCAUCGAGUUCAACGUCUUCAUCUUCGUCAACCUGCCCAUGUGCCGCGAGAUCCUCUGA